GCUCUCCAAGAAGACAGCAAGUAGGAAGAAACAGAAAAGCAGAGGGCAAUGGCGCUAUUUUUCAAGUCCCCGCUCGACAUUGAGAUUCGGCUGGACGGCGAAGAUCAGCGCAAGCACGUUGAUGUGCGCAUCGACAAGCGGCGGAAGGAGAAAGUGCCGCUGUUUGUUGACGGGGAGACGGUUAAGGGCUCUAUUGUCGUGCGGCCAAAGGAUGGGCGGCGGUUGGAGCAUAUUGGGAUUAAAGUGCAGUUUAUUGGGACGAUUGAGAUGUUUGCGGAUAAGGGCAACACGUAUGACUUUUUAACGCUGGGUCAGGAGCUUGCUGCUCCAGGCGAGUUGCAGCGCCCGGAGACGUAUCAGUUUGAAUUCCGCAACGUGGAGAAGCAGUUUGAGUCAUACAACGGCGUGAACGUGCGUCUGCGCUACUUCAUCCGCGUCACGGUCGGGCGCCGGAUGGCGGACGUGAUCAGAGAGAAGGAUCUCUGGGUGUACUCGUUCAAUAUCCCGCCCGACACCGUGAGCUCGAUCAAGAUGGACGUCGGAAUCGAGGAUUGUCUGCACAUUGAGUUUGAGUACUCCAAAUCGCGCUACCAUCUCAAGGACGUGAUUGUCGGACGCAUAUACUUCCUCCUCGUCAGACUCAAGAUCAAGCACAUGGAGCUCUCGAUCGUCCGCCGCGAGACGACGGGUACGCCGCCGAACCAAUACAACGAAAGCGAGACGCUCGUCCGGUUCGAGAUCAUGGACGGCGCGCCGGUCAGGGGCGAGACGAUUCCGAUUCGGCUGUUUUUGGGAGGAUUCGAUUUGACGCCGACGUACAGGGAUAUCAACAAGAAGUUCUCGACGCGGACGUUCUUGUCGCUGGUGUUGAUCGACGAGGACUCGCGUCGGUACUUUAAGCAGAGCGAGAUUGUGUUGUAUAGACAGCCUUGAUGGGGUGUUUGUCGUGGGUUUAUAUAUACCAAAAAUA